GUGUCUAAAUAUAGCAACCGGCUUCCACUUGUUGACUCAUAAUACAACGAUGCGAAUCCAUACAGACACGUCUGUGCAGAAUACCACACCGGCUCCCUCACAUCAUGCAGGACGACGGUCAGAGUACACAAAAGGUGAAAAUACGCCGGUGUCUAAGAUUACCUAUACAACCACCUCAAGAAGUUAUCCCUGUUGAUCUAGAGACAGAAGGCACGUUGACCCUGGGAGGGAAGCGCGUGCCAUGUGAUGCUGGGGACCUAGAGCACCUGAGCUCCCUUGGGCAGGGAGACUCGGGGGAUGUGGAUUAUAUGCUGCACAGACCGUCGGGGAUACCGGUGGUGGUUAAGAGAAUCUUGGUAAGAAUGGACCGAGAUGAAAUCAGCGAUUUGCUGCAGGACAUCGAGACUAUACGGAGUUGCGGCCCCUGUCCAGACAUCGUGUCCGUAUAUGGAGCGUUCUUCAGGGAUAGACACGUGUGGGUGUGCAUGGAACCGAUGGACACCUCACUAGACAAGUUCCAGAAAACAGUCUACAACAGGGGCGACAGAAUUCCAGAAACUGCACUCGCCAAGAUAGCCCAACCCGUGAUACAGGGUCUAGACUUCCUAUACCAGAAGGUUAAGGUCACACAAAGGGAUUUAAAGCCCGCUGAUGUCCUCCUGAACUCGAAGGGAGAGGUGAAGCUCGGGGAUUUCGGGGUACGGUAUACGCAACGUGGGGCCAUGGCGCGACCACGUGAUAACGGCAGGUGCCCCUACAUGGCGCCCGACAGAAUUGAUCCACCGGAACCGGACCCAGGGGAGAUAACUCCAAACACCAUCCACACUGAGCGCUGUUCAAGGCUCUCUGUCACAGACCCUCGAGCUGAUGUAUGGAGUCUAGGGAUCAUUCUUGUUGAGAUGGCGACUGGAGAAUACCCCUACUCCGACUAUGGCCCCCAGUUUGAAUUGCUCGUCAAGAUUGUAGAGCAGGACGCCCCGAGGCUUACAUCUGGAGAGUUCUCGUCUGAAUUUGAAGAUUUCGUUUCAGUUUGUUUAAAGAAGAAUUACCGCGAAAGGGCGACUUUUGAGCAACUCCUGUCCCACCCGUUUCUGGAAGGCGGAUCUGGGGGAAUAGACAUGGCGGCAUAUUUGAAUUCCUAUGGCGAGCUGGCCAAAUGUUGACUGCAUAACACUGCUGACGUCAUCGUCUGACAAAAGCGGUGGAUGUCCUGUUGAACUGUUGAACAUAGGCACUCAAAGCUUUCAGAAAGGAAAGGUCUAAUUUUCGUACUGUUUCGAUGGAUAAUGUGCUUGUUCUGUCUAAAUGGGAAACAACCUUUCGAAUGCCCAAUACAUGCAACGUCUCAAAUAUAUAUUUCGGUACACGUUCCCAGUCGUGUACUUCUUGUCUUCAGGAACUCAAUGUACUGCUGGAUCUACGCUACUGUUUACCCUAUUGUGCAAUUAAUUCUGUCAAGCUACGGUCUUGAGCUUUUUGUAAUGUUUGUGUUUACUGGAGUUGUGUUGACGUGACCGCAAAUAUAUGCCCGGAAGUGAAUCGCCGGAUGUCUGUCUCCGGAAGUGUUUGCCCCGGAAGUUUGGAAAUCUGUCUGUCUCGACGCAUGUGUCACUGUUUCAGCCAUUCGUAACUACUCGUGUAAUUCCGGCAAGCCGGAUAGCGACACUACCCCUCUCGUGGCCAUAAUCACGACUGGGCCUUGUCAAAGCGCAAACGGACACGGAGAUGAGAAUAGUCUAGGACUAUUUCCCAAAAAAGAUAACUCUGAAUUUCCAAACAUGGCUACUUCUAGAAAACGCCAAGUAAUUCAUAACACAAUACGAAAGUCACUUUUAGUAAAUUCUUAUGUCGUGAACAAAUAUUAGUAACAAGGUAAUUUUAUGUUCACGGAAAUAAUAAUGAAAAUCGAUAAUCGCAAAGAAACUAUUUGACCUCAUUGCACAUUUUACUACGCGCGAUUUAAUUGGUUGUCACGAUUCUUGGCAAUAAUGGCAUCCUAUACAGGUCUUCUUGUAGGUCACGAAAAGAGGCGAGUAGUUACGAAUGUGUUUCAGCCAGAGCUUCUUUGUUAGAUGGUUUUGGUGUUUUGAAAUCGGUAAGAAAUAUCUUGUAUUAAUGUACGCAAAACAGUAAACUAUUGUGAUAUAGAAUGUAUAUUUACGUAAAAAAAAUGCAAUGUCUGUGAUAUGGCUAGGCUGCUUCAACAUUGCCAUGUAUUUUGGUCAACAACCAUAAAGCAUAGAUAAAUGUAAAUACUAUAUUGAUUGUUAUGUAAGUUUACAGAUUAGAGAGGUAGGUAAAUUGUCUAUAUUUGAAAGUUGAUGUUAUGAAAUCAUGAAAGUACUGCCGUGAUUUCUUGGAAGUGAUAUAUACGGUUAUUCUAUAAAUGAAAAAACGUGUGCUUACGUUUUUACAUGGUCAGCCGCCAUUGCUGACAAGUAACUGCUGUCCUAUUUGUGAAAAUUAUACUUUUUGUCCCGCUUCUGCUUUUUGUGACCAGAAGGUUCAUGUGAAUGUCAGAAUUCCCUUCCAUUGCUCAACAUAACCAUCACUGAUAUUUGUUUUCCUCAAGCCUAGAAUGGCAAUUUGUAAAUUCCUGCAAAUACGGUGGUAAGAUGGUAUGUCCUCACUGAAGGAUGUUAUACUGAUAGGCGCAGAUGGUCUUAAAUAUAUAUGGUGGUCAAUUCGAAUUCCUGUGCGAGGAGAUAAAUAUUAUUUGGUUAAAAGGACUGUGAAAUAAAUUUUGACCUUGAAAUAUGGUGUUAAAUUAAGGACACAUUUUUGGACAAAACCAAAAAUUCCGGUCAUUCAGUAUUUCUUUGGAUUUCAAGGGAUUAUUUUGUAAUAUUUAUAAUUUUUGUAUAAUUUUGUAUAACAUAUUUGUAUGGUAUGGUACUUCCACAUUCUACAACGAACUUGUUUUUGUCCAUGCUGGGCGGUAUGAGGGAACAGACUCUUCCCAUUGUUAUUUUUUCAGUUAUACACAUUGAUGGUAAACGCAUUGUUUGUUAUUGUAUGCAUGCCAUAUAUCGCGCCUCUUUCUGUAUCUUCCUGAGUUAACUGACUGUGAAAGUCCAGUUUACACCAUUGCAGGACAAGGAUGGGAUUUCUGAGGUAACAACUAACUAGUCUCCGUCUACGUGUAGUCCAAUCAAAACGUGUGUAACAAAAUCGACAUCUGGUUCAUAACAACGUGCACAUUUCGGUCGAUAGAAGGAUUUGGCGUCCACAGAUGUCCACCCCCCCCAACCCCAGCCCCACCCCCCCACCCCGAUCAGCCCCAAUCAAACACAUCAUGUUUAUAAUUAACAUGAAAAAUAAUUUGAUGCACCCAUUUUGUUACAAUAUAGAUCUUGUCGAUCAAGUCAUCUUGAGUGGUCGCCGCCAUUUUGUUUAAACCAAUCAAGUGGUAUGACAGGUCCAAUCUUAUUGGUCAGUAGCCAUUGUUUGCGCUACGAUCAAGCCACGAAAUUCCAGCCUUGUUUGUCUUUAGUUGAAUUUGGACUUGGACUAGCCAGUUGCUGUGGGGAGAUGCUUGUUCUGAUGCAACAUGUUUAUAUAACCUGAUAUCAAACAUAUGUUGAUAUACUUUGUAUGGUGAUGGAGAUAUCGAAUGAAAUGGGAGCAUUUGAUUUUUAUAGGUGAAAUUAGAUUAAGUGGACGAGUUAGGGGUUGAGAUACUGAUGAAUGCUUACAGAUAAAAUAUAGAUCUGGAUUUUAUUUCACGUAUAAAGCGACAUCCCUGCAUGCGUUCUUGGACUGGUCCAGACUGAGACGUGGACGUGGAUGCAACACUCAGGCACAUUGUACUGAGGGGACCAGUCCUUAUUUUAUACUGAACGCUAGUCAGGGUAAGAGCAAGUUCCAUCUUUUAAUGCAAUUAGUAUGACACUGUCAGGGGAUAUUGAACUCUCGAUAUGUCCACAUCCUGCUGUAGGUUUGUGUACGGUGAUCAUAGUGUUAUGCAGAAAAGAUGUGAUACAUAAUUUUCUAUAUUGUAGUGUAACAAUAGCGGGUAAGGGACUGUUCAUACUUUAUGGCUAGGGGAGAGGUGAUGAUGAUUUUGAUGGAGUAGCAUGUACAAUGUGAAUGACCCCCACC